AACCAGCGUGUGCAGUUUUGGUGCGCAAGUCACUAAAUGCGGCGGCGCUGCGGAAUAGUCCGGUGAGGGGAGGUGUGAACAGUCCUCUCAGCAACCUGAGCUCUCAGUAUACCUCUCACCAUAUUACGCAUAUUACCUAUCUGCAAGGCUAUAGUUGGCCUCCCGAAGACUUUCUUGUAUCUGGAACUUACUAGUGUCGAGGGAAUUUAAUCUUUGUCGAUAUGUCAUCUUCUGCUCAAGGGCUUUACUCACUGGCCACUCUCAUCAAACGGCUCGAAGCAAUCACGUCGCGUCUCGAGGACGUAGAAGAUUCCAGGAGUGCAGGACAUCUCAAACGACAGAGUACCAGCACUGUUACUAGCGCAGCGGUUGCUGAAACUCUAUCGGCUUCGGCAUCCCCGCCGCCACCACCUGCGAUUGAGGCGCCAGUAGCAGUGCCACGGGCAGUCACCGCAUACGAUGAGAUUGUUGUAGAGGGGAAGCUCAAACCCUUUCUGGAGAUCAAUCAAGCCAUCGCGCCUCCUCCACUAAAUGAGCAGGUUGUUCUAUUUGCCAAAGUACUUGCUACCCUGCGGUCUGUACUUCACCAGGCGGCAACAUGCAGAAAGCCCGACCAGAAGGCAUUAGCCGAAAUCCUUUCGCCACUCCAAGCAAGCAUUGAAGCCGUGACUCGUGCUAAAGAGGCUGCUAGAAAGGAGCGGGACUGGUUCAAUCACUUCACUGUCAUCGCAGAUGGAACUGCUUUUGUCGGAUGGGUCACUGUGGAACCCAAACCGGGACCAUAUGUGAAUGAGAUCAAGGAAAGUACCAUGUACUAUGCGAACAGGAUACUCAAGGAUUUCAAAGAGAAGGACCCAAGGCACGCGGAGUGGGUUCGCGCAUUCAAUGGGGUCCUUGAUGGAAUGAAGCGCUAUGUUGUCGAAUUUCACACCACUGGUCUUGUUUGGAACGCCAGCGGUAUCCCGGUUUCAGAGUACAAAUCGUCCCGUUCACAGCCAGUCAGUGGUCCGCCGCCGCCGCCGCCACUUCCACUUCCACCUCACGCAGGAUCAACAUCCCCCCCGACAGCAUCUGCUGGUGGGGUUGCUGCUGUAUUUGCGGACUUGAAUCGCGGCGCGGACGUAACAAAGGGGCUACGUAAAGUCGACAAAAGCGAGAUGACACACAAGAAUCCUGCCCUGCGGGCUGGAAACGUCGUCCCUGCAAGUAGCGGGGCGGGUGCUAAGAAACCCGUUAAACCAACCAAACCCCAGGCUUUGAUGGGAAAGAAGCCUGCCAAAUUCGCAUUGGAGGGCAAUAAAUGGAUCAUUGAAUAUCAAGAAAAUGAAUCCGCUUUGGAGGUCGCCAAUGCAGAUAUUACCCAAGUGAUCAACCUCUUUGCUUGCAAGAACACGACUGUCAUUAUCAAGGGGAAGGUCAACGCCGUCACCUUAGUUAAUUGCACGAAGACCUCCGUACUAGUCGAAUCUGUGGUUUCUUCUGUCUCUAUCACGAAGUCUCCAUCGUUUGCCCUGCAAAUUACAGGGGUGGCACCUACUAUCCAGAUUGACUCGACAGACUCGGGGCAGAUUUACCUCUCGAAGCAGUGUCUUGGUGUAGAGAUUACUACAGCGAAAUGCAGUGCAGUCAAUGUCAGCUUACCAGUCGAAGGAGAGGAAGAUGGUGUUUUUGAAGAGCAGGCCGUGCCCGAGAUGUUGAAAACAGUGGUACAGAAUGGCAAAUUGGUCACAACGAUUGUGGAACACGCCGGCUAACAUACAUCAUAUCUCUACCUACUAGUUAGUUGUGUGCAAUUGCAAUUAAUUUUUGACAAGUUUCC